AUGUGGUUCAACGCGGUGUUUAUGAUAUUGGCAUCUCUGUGCCAAGCCAUCACAUACUCCCCAAUAAAACCACCUUCAUACCCGUUGGCAGUGCGCAGUCCAUACCUUUCAGCAUGGAUUCCCGGAAACUCAGUCGCAUCACUCGGCUCAAGUAGAGCGCAAUUCUGGGCCGGUAAUGAUCUGAUCUGGACCGUCAGCGCGCGGGUCGAUGGCGUCGUGUGGAAUCUCUUUGGCGUGAAGUUGCCCUUGGCCGGAACCAAGUCUGGGACUGUGACAAAGGCCGCCUACACGUCCACCCAUUCCAUCUUUACCGUAGAAGCCGGUGCUAGGACUUUCAGUCUUGAUUUCUUCUCCCCAGUCUCACCGAAGAAUUACCUUCGCCAGUCACUGCCCUUCUCUUAUCUCACUGUCACCCUUGCUGCGGGUGACUCGACCUCUGUGCAGAUUUACUCCGAUAUCGAUGAUAGCUGGGUCGGUCAGGCAAAUGACGUGAGCUGGAAUUACUCUUCCUUGAACACAACCGGCGUCUUUGAAAUUACAGGCGUGGAUACGGCAACAUAUUCGGAAAACGCGAAUGGCCAAGCCUUGUGGGGCAGUGCCGUCUACGCCACCCGUCCCCCAACCGGUGGUUCGCUCUCCACUGCUUCCGGGCCGUCGGCGUCGGUGCGUCAAAGCUUCAUCUCAAAUGGUACUCUAUCCGACACACAUGCCGAAUGGACUUCCACUAGCGUGGUUGGAUUCUCGCAUGACCUCGGGACAACCGCUGAAGAAGUCGCCGUGACGUUUGCAGUUGGUCAUGUACGCGAAGAAUCGAUCAAUUAUUUUGGCGCUGCUCAAACGGGUUACUACCGAGCUCAAUACCCAAGCAUCCUCGAUGCAGUCUCCUAUUUCUUGGAUGACUACUCGGAUGCAAACGAGGAGUCUGCGACAUUUGACAGCCUCAUACAAUCAACCGGUGUCUCAAGCUAUGGAUCCAACUAUUCAGAUAUCCUAGCCCUCUCCGUCCGUCAAGUCUACGGCGGGAUCGAAAUAACCAUCCCAAACGACUCUCUCGACACAAGCAAUACCCGCGCUUUUAUCAAAGAGAUUUCCAGCGAUGGGAACAUAAACACAGUAGACGUGAUCUUCGCAACCUUCCCAAUCUUCUACCUCCUAAGUCCGGACUACAUCAAGCUUCUCCUGGACCCAAUCCUGCAAUACACAGGAAGCAGCGCCUACGACAAAUCAUACGCAGUCCACGAAAUAGGCGCCAGCUACCCCAACGCAACAGGCCACCCAUCAACCGGUGAAGAAAUGCCCAUCGAAGAAUCAGGCAACAUCAUCCUCCUCACGCAUGCCUACCAACUCGCAUCCGGAAAAACAGACCUGGCAACAACCUACGCAUCUCAACUCUCCCAAUAUGCAUCCUACCUGUACGAGAACGGCCUCUACCCAACCUCUCAACUCUCCUUAAACGACGCCCUAGGCGAACUUGCAAACCAAACAAAUCUAGCUGUCAAAGCAUCUGUCGCCCUCGCUUCCUAUGGAAGCAUCACAAAUAACGAAACAUACACCUCCUACGGUAAAUCUUUCGCCACAAAUAUCUGGUCAGACCUCGGUAGCGCCGAUGGAACACAUUUCCUAAUCCAAUAUGGUAUACAACCUUGGUUCCUCGUUUUCAAUCAUUACCCAGAUCUCCUCUUCGAGCUUGAUCUUUUCGACGAGGCAUAUAAUGCCACAGCAAAGUUCUACCCGACUGUCCGACAGCAAGCGGGUAUUCCACUCGACGGUGCCUUAGGCUGGGGCCAGACGAAUUGGCAGUCAUUUGUUGCUGCUACUGUUGAGGGUAAUGCAAGAGAGGUGUUUAUUGCGGAUUUACAUGCGUAUCUUGCUAAUGGAUUGAAUGAAGCGCCGUUAUCGGAUCGGUAUUGGGUUGUUGAUAGUGGGGAGUAUGUUGCUGGGGAGUCGUAUUCUUUCCGUGCGAGGCCGACGCUUGGGAGUCAUUUUGCGUUGGCGGCACUGUCGGGGAAGGAUAUUUGGAGCUGA